CGGCAGGGGAAGGCGGAGGCAGCGUUCAGCGCUAUCUGGGUGUCAAAGGUUCGAGCCCUCGCUCUGUGUCCCGGCUGUUGCAAGGAUCUCGCUUGUGUUGUGAAAAGUUUUAAGAUGCUACGGUGUUGCGGGGUGUGCGCUUCCAGAUCGUGUUGAAAGGACAGUCCAAACUGCUGCAGUCAGGCUUCCUGACAAGAAGUUGCUUUUGAGAGGAAAGAGCGAUAGUGCUUUGCUGUCUUGUCAGCAGAAUUUCUGACAACUCCUAGACCCCAUUUGCCCUCACAGCUGGGAUUUUACCAUCCCAAAACAGAUAUUUGCCACUUCCUGCUUUGAUACAAGACAACGUGUGAAUUGCAGCUGCCAGCCGCAUUAUUCAAGGGCAAGGACUGCUGCUUUUUAACUGGACAUAAAAAAACAAACACGCUGGGAUGGCCAGGAAACAGAAUCAGAAAGAUCCGUCGGGGUUCAUCUUUGACGUGCAGUCCAACACCGUGAUGGCCCAGGGAGGAACCUUUGAAAACAUGAAGGAGAAGAUCAGUGCUGUGCGUGCGAUAGUCCCCAACCGGAGCAACAACGAGAUCAUCCUUGUGCUGCAGCACUUCGAUAACUGUGUGGACAAAACAGUGCAGGCCUUUAUGGAAGGCAACGCCAGUGAAGUGUUGAAAGAAUGGACAGUAACUGGCAAGAAAAAGAACAAAAAGAAGAAAACCAAGCCCAAACCUCCAGCUGAAUCGAGUCCUGGCCUCCCGGAUCCCGGUAAAUUGGCAUCCACGGAAGAGGAGCAGUCGGCAAGCUCGGAGAAAGGCGGGAUUAACGGUUACCACGUCAACGGUUCAGCCAAUGACACGGAGUCUGUGGACUCGCUCAGCGAAGGCUUGGAUACCCUUUCAAUAGAUGCACGAGAGUUAGAGGAUUGCGAAUCCGCUGCACCUCAUGGGCCCAAUGGAACAGCAGCAUCUCAGCUCCAGAAUGGCCUAGCAGACCUUGAGACCAAGUCCUCCGUCAUGCAUUCUCCCCAGAACCCUGCGUCUCUCAGGUCACAGCCCGAGCAGAGGAACACCAGCAAGUCUCUGUUCAGGUCCACGACGAGCAACCAGUCUUCUGCUUCCUUGUCUGUAGUAGUGCUGGAAGAGGUUCCUGUUUCUCCUGCAAACAGGAAGCUAGGUUCCAAUAUUGAAAAAUCGGUGAAGGAUCUCCAGCGCUGCACCGUGUCCCUGGCCCGGUAUCGGGUGGUGGUUAAAGAGGAGAUGGAUGCCUCCAUUAAAAAAAUGAAGCAGGCCUUUGCUGAGCUGCAGAGUUGCCUGAUGGAUCGGGAGGUGGCAUUACUAGCCGAAAUGGACAAAGUCAAGGCAGAAGCAAUGGAAAUCCUGGUCAGCCGACAAAAGAAAGCAGAGGCUUUAAAGAAGAUGACGGAUGUGGCCGUGCGGAUGUCAGAGGAGCAGCUGGUCGAGCUCAGAGCUGACAUUAAGCACUUUGUUAGUGAGCGCAAGUACGAUGAAGACCUGGGGCGGGUGGCGCGGUUCACCUGCGACUUAGACACGCUCAAGAAGAGCAUCGGCUCAUUUGGCCAAGUCUCUCACCCAAAGAACAGUUACUCGACCCGCUCCCGGUGCAGCUCUGUCGCAUCCAUGUCCUUGAGCAGCCCGAGUGAAGCCUCCGCUCCCUCCACCCCUGAGUGUGCCUCUGCCUCUGCUCCAAGCCUUACGACCGGGAGCAAGAAGCCCCCACCCUCCACGGAUGCACCUGCAGCCGUAGUGAACUCCAGCAGCCGUCCAUACCAGCCUCAGCGAGAGGGAAACAGGAGACCAGGACAAGGCUACAGGCCCCAAGGCCAGCGCCACAGUGGCCCCUCCAACCCUGGCCGAUACGACCAUGCAAACCGGCCCCGGAGCGGGCCCGGGUAUCAGUCCAGCGCCAGGUACCAGAAUCCCCCAUCCCGACCUCCGGGGAGCACGAGCGAUCUCAGCCAGACUCAUUCCACAGGAGCCAACAGCACGACCCCCUCAGAGCCGCGGCAGCCCGUACCCCCGGCCCAGCUGCGGUCCUGCCCGCCCAGCACCGAGGCCAAGGGGCUCCCCCAGCGCAAGCCACGGUCCAGCCAGCCCGAGGGGGCGGGUUCCUGAGGGCGCCCGCGCUGCCUCCCCCAGAAGCUCGGCUCCGUAGCAGGACUGUAGGGAAGUAGCUAGAUGUUAACGAAGGAAAGUUUACACUUCUCAAUUUUGUGCCACUUUUCUUCCUUCUCCCUUUGCCUCCUUUCUUCUCUUCCUCGUGGAAGCUACGUAACACGUCUCCCCUGUGCCUGUUGGGAAAAGCCCUGAUGCUGCUACAUCUGCCAGGCAUCCCCAACCCAGGUGGGUUCUCUUCCUUCUGGGCCAGCCCACCUCUUAGCCAAAAACCCACCUGCCAGAGUCCUCCUACAAGCCAGUCCCAGGGCUUCCGGUCUGCGCUCUGCUGGCCAGGUCAUCCUUAGAGCAGCAGACUGCUCGUGCUGGCAAUGAAGACAGCUGCUGUGCAACCCCGGGCGGGCUGGGCAGACCGGAGAGGGCUGUGGGGAGCUGCUCCUCCGAGCCCCACGCUUCUGAACUGGGGCAGCCACGUCUUCAAAAGACUGGAAAGCUUUCACGUCUAAACAUAGGUGUUCCCUGGUUUUAUGUUUGGGGCGGUCUCUUCUUUGCCCCCAGCCCCACCUGGCCCUGAAACUAAAUUUCUAGCAAUACCAAUUAGCAGAGCUAAUCCUAGGUGAGACCAGUCGAAGCGCUACCCUCGUUCUUUAUCGUUGUACAAAUAAAGACGAUGUACAUGUUGAA